AUGGAACGUUGUCAAUUCGGAUCCGUUAUAUUUACGCGUGAUAGGUUCCUCGGACAAUUCAAACGACAUUUGUGCGUCGAGGAGACACUAUUUCAAAAUAUGGAAUCUAAUAUAGACAACUAUUAUGAUAUGAAUAAAAGAUUCUUAUCGUUUGUCGGUCAAUGGCCGUAUCAGAAACCAAAGGAGAAAACAUCUUUCUUGAUUUUGAUAGUCAUAACUGUGAUUAACGCGAUGAUUACACAGAUGGCUCAAUUUUUCAUAUGCGAAAACGCGCAGUGUAUCUAUCAAACUUUACCUCCAUACAUGCUGGCAAUAAUGAUAUUGGUGAAAGUAUUAACAUUUUAUUUUAAUAAACAGAAGAUCAAAGAGCUUACAGAUCGUUUGUUUACGAAUUGGAAUAUUCUUGAAAAUCAGGAAGAACGUGAAAUUAUGAAAAAAUAUGCCGAGACUGGCAAAUGGUAUGGGUUGAUAUACACUUCUUAUAUUUAUAUAGGUUUUGUCCUUUUUACAAUAUUUGCUCUCAUGCCACGCAUUUUGGACAACGUAUUUCCUAUGAACACUUCCCGUUCGGUAUUGUUAGUAUACCCGGCUUAUUACUUCGUUGACCAGGAGCAAUAUUUCUACUAUAUUUUUUGCCAUAUGAUAGUUACUGUGGCAAUAGCUCUAACUGGAAUACUCGCGCACGACUGCAUGCUCUAUGCCUACAUCGAACAUGCUUGCGGUCUUUUUGCCGUGAUUGGAUUUCGAUUUAAACAUACAUUGUAUAAAUAUAAUAAUGUGGAAAAGAUGAUGAUUAAUCAUCAUGACAUAUAUUGCAAAAACAUUGUGUUUGCAGUUCAUGUUCAUCGAGAAGCCUUGAAAUUUGCAAUACUGCUUGAAAAUACUUUUUCCUUGUCAUUUGCUAUACAAAUGCUAAUAGUUACAGUUGGCAUGAGCAUUAGUUUAGUACAAUUCUCGAUACAGUUGCAUAAUUUUGCGGAAGCAAUGAGAUAUCUAUUAUUCAUUGGCGCUCAAUUGUUCCACUUAUUUUGCUACAGCUUCGAAGGACAAAAAUUGAUAAAUCAUAGUCUCGAAACUUGCGAUAAGAUAUAUAAUGGCUCGUGGUAUAAAAUACCCGCGAGUACGCAAAAAUUGCUUCUGAUGGUGAUGAGAAAAAGCAUCGAAUCAAGUACUUUGACUGCUGGCAAGAUAUACAUAUUCUCUUUAGAAAGUUUUACGACGGUCUUACAAACUUCGAUGUCGUAUUUUACGGUUCUAUCGAAUUUCAACUAAAUCGGCAGUCGAUGAUUAUGAUAGCAUA